UGGGAGAGGCAGAGAACUGCUCAAGCACGGGCUGCAGGGGCGUCUCGGGCAGACUGGGGCGCUCGGAGGAGUCCGGGUGGUAGCAGCGUCCGUGCCAGAAGGAGGGCUGCGGAGGGCUUGGGCUGGCCACGUCCGUGAAGACCUGGGCCGAGAGGCCGUCUGUGCCACGGAUCUGAGGAACUCAUUUUCUAGGAUUUUCUUUUUACUGAUAAACACCAAGAUUGCUGUCUUUUGAUUUCUAACCUCAUUACUCGUAUUUACCAGGCAGUGGGAGGACCUGUGUUGACUGGCUCAGUGCUGUACUCCCGGAGCCUGGAAGAGUGUCUGGCCUGUCGCAGGCAUGUCAGAGCUAUGUUAGUGAAUGAAUGAUUUUAGAUUUCGUAAGAAGGGAAAAAUCUCCGUGGUGGUUUUUAAAAGAGAUCUUGUCCUAAUAGGUGAGGCUGGUUUUGUUGCUUUUAUAACCCGUCUCAGGCUUCGCUGUGCUCAGCUUACUUGGGCUUGUGUUCUUUGAAAGGCUCCCUUUGGGCUCCCGAGCAUCUCCCUUACGAUUUACGUGUCUGUGGUGACACGGUUCCGAUUCAGGUAGAUCUGAAAAGUCUUUGGCUUUAACCGUACAUCUGUUUUCCUGAAGUACGCAUUACUUAAUUCUUUAGUCUUGAUUUUAACCAUCUCUAGCCAUCUGGUGACAUCACUCCUAGAGUUUCUGUUCUUAGUGUCCCCUGUGUUCUUUUGGUGGUUUUGUUAUAUAAAUAGUUGUAUGUACUCUUUAGGUAUUAUUUUAAAAUGUUUGCUUUGGUUUUACACAUUUUCUGUAGUUCUGAAUAAGUUAGUUGUACACGUAUGUACUUAGAACGGGCUGAGUUGCACGUCUGCGUGAGGUGAUCACUGCCUGACACUGUGCCCGACCAGGCGUCGUAGUCCUGCUGAACCCGAGCAUCUUGGCUUCAAACAGCCGAGUAUCUUUGAAAGAAAUGAAGGAGAUUCCUCUUAAAUUUCCCCAUAUGCUUACCAUUCUGCGGUGUUCCGUAAACAGAAAGUGGUGUCCCGAGGUGUGGACUCCCCCAGGACGCAUUUGGGCGGCCUUGCCCUCUGCCUGCCGUGCAGUUAGGGGUUCUUGUGUCUGUCAGACUCCACUGCCAGCGCUAGGCCCUUGUCCGGCAAGGACCGCAGGUCUUACGUGUUUAGAUCCUCCAUGGUGGUGCUCCGUGCCUCACCCGGAGCAGACGCGCGCUGUGUGUCAGAACGUAAGUGUGGUGGAGAUGGGGUUUGGGGGCGGGGGCGGGGUCCUGCAGAACCUGGCGACUUGCACUACCGCCCUUCACCAUCAGAUGUCACUCCACGACGGGCCUGACCUUCUCCCCGAGGCCCGGCCGCUCGGGACGGCGGCUCCGGAGCAGGUGCGCAACAGCGGGUGUCUCUGUGCGUUUGGAAGUCACUUCUUUCCGAACACACGUUCGUCAACUCAAUUGUAGUUGAGUUUAGUUCUGCGUCCAAGUCUGCACUGAGCCCAACUGAUCGUCCUUAAGCUCUCUCAGACUUCGAGUGCUGGCUGUAUGUCUGGCCGUUCUCUCUCCGAGCAAACGCUGCAACUGGGACGAGUGGCAGUGGGAGGAGGUGGGGGCUCCGGCACCCGCGAGGGGCUCACGGUGCCUCUGCCAGGACGGCUCCUCUGAGAGGUGCCCUGCUCCACGGCAGCCGGCUGACCGGGCUCGCGGGAAGAGCCUCUCGCUGAGCUCCGAUGGCGGCUGCUGGCUUCACCGGGUUUGUCAGAGGGAGAGUGAGCACGGACUUGGCUGUGGAAGGGUAUGGGGAAGCGGAGACUUUUAGGGUCCGCCAGCCCGUCCUGGGACACAGGAGGGUGUCAAGAAUGAGUUUCCUUCACUCAUUCUCCUGCUCUGAAACAUAGGAAGGGGCAGGUCAGGGAGGUUUGGGGUUCACCUCACGCCCGAGGGCUGUCCACACGAGCCUGUGGGAUUGAGGGACCCAGCGCCUUGGUGUGCGAGGACGGUCCCUCUGUGCCCGGCGGGGGGUCCCAGUGCGCGAGAGCCUCUGCUGCAGCACGGCCCACCCGACACCCAGGAGGCAGCCGUGGCCCUCCUAGACUUGACGCAGCUGGUGGCUCUUCUCCUCUCUUCGCUCAGAAUAUUGAAAUUUGAACGAAAUAGCGAUACUGGUUCCAAGUACUGGAAAGAGCAGCUACCCCAGCCCGAGCCUGUGAAUGUUUCUGAUGAUGUGGGCCCCCCACGUCCUCCUCUGGGCCCUCAGCUCCCAGCCUUUCAUGCCUCGUCACAGGAGUGAACAGGUCAUGGCACGUCUAACAAAACGGCGACAGGCGGACACAAAAGCCAUCCAGCACCUCUGGGCGGCCAUCGAGAUCAUACGGAACCAGAAGCAAAUCGCCAACAUCGACCGCAUUACAAAGUACAUGUCUCGAGUCCACGGUAUGCACCCAAAAGAGACCACGCGUCAGCUGAGCCUGGCUGUGAAAGACGGUCUCGUUGUCGAAACCUUAACAGUAGGCUGCAAAGGCUCAAAAGCCGGUAUUGAGCAGGAGGGAUACUGGUUGCCGGGAGACGAGAUCGCCUACAGUAUGCAGCCUUUCUUCAGGACAGCAGCCCCAAACAAGGACUGGGAAACAGAAAAUCAUGACUGGUAUUGUUUUGAAUGCCAUUUGCCUGGAGAGGUGUUGAUAUGUGACCUGUGUUUUCGUGUGUAUCAUUCCAAGUGUUUGUCUGAUGAGUACAGGCUUAGAGACAGCAGUAGUCACUGGCAGUGCCCAGUAUGCAGGAGCAUCAAGAAGAAAAACACAAACAAACAGGAGAUGAGCACGUACUUGCGGUUCAUUGUCUCCCGCAUGAAGGAGCGGGCCAUAGACCUUAAUAAGAAGGGCAAGGACAACAAGCACCCGAUGUACCGGAGGCUGGUGCACUCGGCGGUGGACGUCCCCACCAUCCAGGAGAAGGUGAACGAGGGGAAGUACCGAAGCUACGAAGAAUUCAAGGCGGACGCGCAGCUGCUUCUGCACAACACCGUGAUUUUCUACGGAGCAGACAGCGAGCAGGCGGACAUAGCCCGGAUGCUGUACAAGGACACCUGCCACGAGCUGGACGAACUACAGCUUUGCAAGAACUGCUUCUAUCUCUCAAAUGCUCGUCCUGACAAUUGGUUCUGCUAUCCUUGUAUACCUAACCAUGAACUCGUUUGGGCCAAGAUGAAAGGCUUUGGGUUCUGGCCCGCCAAAGUCCUGCAGAAGGAGGACAACCAGGUGGACGUCCGCUUCUUCGGUCACCAUCACCAACGGGCCUGGAUCCCGUCAGAGAACAUCCAGGACAUCACCGUGAACGUCCACCGGCUGCACGUGAAGCGCAGCAUGGGCUGGAAGAGGGCCUGCGACGAGCUGGAGCUGCACCAGCGCUUCCUCCGCGAGGGAAGGUUCUGGAAGUCCAAGAACGAGGACCGGGGGGAGGAGGAGGCGGAGUCCAGCAUCUCGUCCACCAGUAACGAGCAGCUGAAGGUCACACAAGAACCGAGAGCAAAGAAGGGACGACGCAAUCAAAGCGUGGAACCCAAGAAGGAAGAGCCAGAGCCGGAGACGGAAGCCGUGAGUUCCAGCCAGGAGAUCCCCACGAUGCCUCAGCCGAUCGAAAAGGUGUCUGUGUCCACUCAGACCAAGAAGUUAAGUGCCUCCUCCCCACGUAUGCUGCACCGAAGCACGCAGACCAGCGGCGACGGGCUGUGCCAGAGCGUGUGCCACGACAAGUACACCAAGAUCUUCAACGACUUCAAGGACCGCAUGAAGUCCGACCACAAGCGGGAGACCGAGAGGGUCGUGCGGGAAGCUCUGGAGAAGCUGCGCUCCGAAAUGGAGGAAGAGAAGCGACAGGCGGUCAAUAAAGCGGUGGCCAAUAUGCAGGGCGAGAUGGACAGGAAAUGUAAGCAGGUGAAGGAAAAGUGUAAGGAGGAGUUUGUGGAGGAGAUCAAGAAGCUGGCGACGCAGCACAAACAGCUCAUUUCGCAGACCAAGAAGAAGCAGUGGUGCUACAACUGUGAGGAGGAGGCCAUGUACCACUGCUGCUGGAACACGUCCUACUGCUCCAUCAAGUGCCAGCAGGAGCACUGGCACGCGGAGCACAAACGCACCUGCCGUCGGAAGAGAUGAAGGCGGGCGUCUCGGGCCAGCGCGUCUCCGCAGACACAGCGGUUUUUGUUUCCAAGAAGCCAAAAUUGUUUAGAAUUUGCUUCCCAUUUUGCACCAGCCUUUAAACACUUUUCGUGAAGAAAUUUUGCACAGUAGUUUAAAUCUUUUGUUAAUGCUCCUCCGGAGUUUUUCAGGGGGUCAAAGUAACAUCAGUGGAGGGUAUUAUUUUAAAUAAAUUUUAAUUGAGAAUUUGUUGCAUUUUCAGCAAAUUUUAAAACAUUUUUAGGUUUUACAGAGAUUUUAACCUUUAAACAACAGAUCUUUAAAAAACAACAGGUGAAUACAAGUGAGUUUAACAGAGACACAUUUAAAAUAGAUCUGAAUGUAAGAACUACAGAACUGUUUCAGAAAUAAAACAUACUACCUUGAUGUGAAAUUUAUUUCUUAACCUUGUUGAGCUGGUUUUGUUCAGCUUAAUUUACUGUUUAAAGGCAUUAUCUGUUGGUUAUGCCAGUGGGUAUACGAUGGAAUUUAGGGAACAGGGUUGACAUGGCAGGUGCUAGUCCUGCGUAUUUUUUCUUAAAUAUUUCCCAAUUGUGUUUUUCAUUAUUUCUUUUCAAUAUAUAACUUUUAUAACAAAUUAUUAGCUUUGAUCUUGUAGUUUAAAAUUGCAGGGAACUGGGGUAAUCUUUUACUGAGCUGGAUCUUAGAGAAAAUGAAUAUUUAAAUUUUAAAGUUUGCACAUUUCAUCUUUGUCCUAACAUGAGUGCUUGUAACAAGAUAAACAAAAAAUAAAAAGCCAAAAACUACCUUUCUCCACCCAUGGAAUUACAGAUGAGGCAUACAAAUUUCUUUAAUGCUUCCCUUCCCUCCCCAGGUAUCAUCUGAUUGCCUGUUAUCUGGUGCCACCGCGUACUUUGUAAAUUAAUACUGAAGGGAAAGAAAGCACUUACGUUUCACAGAGGCCGUUAUGUUUGUAGUAAUGGGUCACUGCCCACUAAUGAACUCCAUCACUGUACACAGAAUGAAGAAUAAUGCAUGUUAAUUUUCUUGUAUUAAAGAUGCCGUGAUUUGUAAAAAGUCUGUAUUUUGCGGAAUGUCUGGAUUAAGAAGCAUUACCAAUAGGAAUGGAUCGAUAGUUGAAUAAGGAUUUUUUUAUACAUAGAUAUAUAAAAUUCAGCCAGGAAAACUUAAAUUGCUUUUUUUAAAAAGAAAAAUCUCACCGUUUGUUUUUUUCCACGACUGAUCUUAGACCAAGUCAAACUCCCAUUUAUCAUUUAGUUAUUUUUAAAGGUUAGAGAAAUAAUUUGUAAAUAUUUAUUUAGUCCUUUGAUAUUUAUUAAAGCAAUUACACACCACGCAAGUGAAAGAAUCAGGAGGAAAACCUUUUAAAAAGUUUUCUCCAGGUUUGUCAGGGUCACUCUAAAGAUGGAAAAGGAGCGAAUCUUCUGUGACAUAACCCUCCGUCCGGCCUGACGCUGUCCGGGUGCUGACGCGAGUCAGCCGACAAGCUGCCGUCCAGCGGCAUCUCGUCCCCCCAUCGCCGUGCGGCCGUCAGCGUCGCCGGGGGCCGUGGUCUGACGGACACCUUGUAACCAAGAACGCUUACCUUCUCUGAUUGUUUUUCAAGUUUUAAAACUUCGAUCCACCCCUAUGAGAGCAAGUUAUUGUGGAAAUAUUUUUGGUGUAAAAUCAUUCCAGAGUAUGUACUAUUUAACUGAUAGCUGCAUGAAAGUAAGAUUCGUGUUCCUUUGGCUUUUUUUGUCUCCGUUGACACGGUUGCACAUUUCCAAGUUACUACAGUGUGAAAACUGUGUGUUAAAAAAAAAAAAAAAAA